AUGAUGAACGUUCACGCCAUUAAAGCUAAUUUCUCAGCACCCUUUACUCGCCUCUACAAAUCCCCGACCCCAACUGCAGCACAUUCGCCGCCGGCCAAACCGUUUCCGGCGGCGAGAAUCAAAAGCCCUCAAAUUCAACCCCAUUUCCGGCAGCCCUUUUUGGUUUUUCCGGCGGCUUCCCGCUUCGGUUCGGUUAUCAGGCCGAAGCCCCUUCGGUGCAGCAACUCGUCGAGCGCGUUGACUGCGGAGAAGAAGAGCUGGAUCGAGGCAGUCGGAGAGGCCAUCUCCACGGCUUUUCCGGUGUGGGUUGCUUUGGGCUGCUUGUUGGGCCUCGUGAGACCCGGAUGGUAUGAUUGGGUCCAGCCCAAGUGGACAGUGAUGGGCAUCACCGUCACCAUGCUCGGCAUGGGGAUGACGUUGACUUUCGACGACCUUCGCGGCGCGUUGGCCAUGCCGAAGGAGUUGUUAGCUGGGUUCUUCUUGCAGUAUUCGAUUAUGCCUUUAUCUGGAUUUUUUGUGAGCAAGCUCUUAAAUUUGCCUACCUAUUACGCAGCUGGCUUGAUACUAGUGGGCUGCUGUCCUGGAGGGACAGCCAGUAAUAUCGUUACGUACAUUGCACGUGGGAAUGUGGCUCUAUCUGUGCUGAUGACAGCUGCAAGUACUCUCACAGCCGUGGUCAUUACUCCUUACCUCACAGCUAAACUGGCAGGGCAAUAUGUUGCUGUAGAUGCUAUUGGUCUAUUCAUGUCGACAUUGCAGGUCGUGCUUCUUCCUGUUUUAGCCGGUGCAUUUCUAAAUCGGUACUUCCAAAGACUCGUUAAAAUUAUUUCCCCUUUGAUGCCGCCUAUUGCUGUGUCAACUGUGGCUAUCCUUUGUGGAAAUGCAAUUGCUCAGAGUUCAUCGGCAAUUCUAAUGUCUGGCCGGCAAGUUGUUCUUGCCGUGACCCUUUUACACACUUCCGGGUUUUUCUUCGGCUAUGUUUUCUCAAGAUUUAUUGGGAUUGAUGUAUCCUCUUCGAGGACGAUUUCAAUUGAAGUUGGCAUGCAGAACAUCAAAGUGAAGUGA